UCUCUUGACCUUACUCUCAGAUUUCUUCAACAUUUCCGGUUAGGAAAAAUUCAACUGCCCCUGCAUAGAACUUGGAGGAAGGAUGAAUUUAUAAAAGUAUAAAAUAAGAUUACUUUAAUGAACCCAUGUGGAAUUUGUAGAGGGUCGAAAAGUCAGUGGGGAAACAUAGCACUCCAUUGAAGAAACUGAAGCGCAAUUUCCUAAAGAGAAAUAAAAAAUUAUUGGCGGCCAGCUCAAAAAUAUAAAUGUGAAUACAGAGAGAAGCACAGGCACCGGUUAUCUCUCUUUCUCAGCUUUUCUCAUCUUCUUCUUUUAGCAUGUAUGUGUACAUGGGCACACGCAAGUCAAGUGAAAUUUUCAUCUUGCUGCAAGUUUUAGUACUUUUCAUUUGCAGCACAGAAGCUGCAGCAGCAUCCAUUGAACAAUUCAAUUUUUCUACCUUUGAUGGUAAUACGGAUUCAGAUUUCUUCACUCGUGAAGGGAAUCAGACUAAUAUCGAAAACAAAGCUCUUCAAUUAACAUAUGAUUCCAUCAGUGAUUCGACUUAUGUUAAGUUCUUCAACAACUCAGGUCGCAUCAUGUAUCAUACACCUUUCAGGAUCCACAAUGGUGAUGAUGGAGGUGAAAUUCUGGCUUCCUUCAGCUCAAGUUUUGUCAUUAAUCUCUAUCGGAAACCUGAGUGGGAGCCUGGUGACGGCCUUGCCUUUCUCAUAGCCCCAAAUUGCAGCUUACCGGGAUCAAGUUAUGGCCAGUGGCUUGGCCUCACAAAUGGUUCUACAGAUGGCAGCAGUGAAAACCAUUUUGUGGCCAUUGAAUUUGAUACUAGGAAACAGGAAUUCGACCCGGAUGGCAAUCAUAUUGGCCUCAACAUCAACUCUGUCAAAUCGAAAAAGACUGUUCCUCUUGAUGAACAUAACAUCACACUGUCUCCUAAUAGUACACCCAGCUACAAAGUCUGGGUUGAAUAUGAUGGAGCAUCAAAAUUGAUGCAAGUGUACAUGGUGGUAUUACAAGGUGAAGAAGACUUCUAUCCUGAGAAACCCUCUGAAGCGCUUCUCAACGAGAGCAUCAACCUGCAGGAUUAUUUGAAAUCAGAGUCCUACUUUGGUUUUUCUGCUUCAACAGGCGAUCCAUAUUUUCAGUUGAACUGUAUUCGAGCAUGGACAUUGAAGAUAGAUGUUGUGCCCAAGAUAAAAGAUUGGAAAUGGCUGAUAAUUACUGCUGCAGUUGGCGUCCCAGUGGCGAUAAUUUUCUUAAUAUGCAUAGGGGUUUACAUGAAGAGGAGAAGAAAAACAAAAGUUGAAGAGUCCCAUGAGUUGGGAAGAUUGAAAUGGUUGCCUGGGAUGCCAAGGGAAUUUAAGUACAAGGAAUUGAAGAAGGCCACUAACAACUUCCAUGAGAGUAUGAAGCUUGGAGAAGGUGGAUUUGGAAUUGUUUUCAAAGGCAUCCUUCAUGAGAAGGAUCAUGAUAAAACUCAUAUUGAAGUUGCAGUCAAAAAAUUUUCCAAAGACAACAUCCAAGGCAAGGGUGAUUUUUUAGCAGAGCUUGCCAUCAUCCACCGUCUUCGUCACAAACAUCUAGUCCGCUUAGUUGGAUGGUGCCAUGAGAAAGGGAAGCUUCUAUUAGUAUAUGAUUACAUGCCAAAUGGAAGUGUGGAGAAAUAUUUAUAUAAUAAUUCUGAGCAGACAACACUGAACUGGAAUCAUAGAUACAAAAUACUAGCAGGGGUUGCAUCAGCAUUAUAUUACCUGCACAAUGAGUACGACCAAAAGGUGGUGCAUCGUGACCUGAAGGCGAGCAACAUCUUGCUUGAUGGAGAGUACAAUGCUCGACUGGGUGAUUUUGGUCUUGCCCGAGCCAUUGAGAAUGAGAGAAACUCCUAUGCUGAUGUGGGAUUAGACGGAGUUCCAGGCACCAGGGGUUAUGUGGCUCCGGAAUGUUUCCAUACAUGGAAGGCCACCACAGAAUCUGAUGUGUUUGGCUUUGGAGCAGUGGUGCUUGAGGUGGUUUGUGGAAGAUCUCCGGGGGUCGUGAUCCCUGACCAAGAAGUUUCUCAUACCUUAGUCGAUUGGGUCUGGAUGUUGCAUCGCGAAGGGCGCAUUCUGGAUGCUGUUGAUGAGCAGCUCAACAAUGAUUUUGUAGAAGAUGAAGCCAGGAGGGCUUUACUUCUGGGAUUGGCAUGUUCACAUCCCAUAGCCAGUGAAAGACCUAAAUCAGAGGAUAUAUUGCAGAUCAUAACUGGAACUUUGCCAGUCCCUGAUGUACCUCCAUUCAGGCCCUUCUUCACAUGGCCUUCUAUGGAUACUUCUGCCACCGUAAGUAGUGUACUUACAGGCUUCUCAUUGUCUUCUAAAGAUUCUAUUAUGAUGACUGGUGUAUGAACAUCACAGAAGGUUACACCCCAUCUCCCAGUUUAAAUCUUUCAAGCUUCUCCGACUGAGCAGCAUGCUUUCGCUAGAAUUAUGCUUGUAUUAUUUGCUAAUACAUAAGAGUUCUUCUGUUAUUUGCUGAUGAA